AUGCAUAUCUCCAAGACCCUCAUCCCGCUCGCCCUCCUGGCCCCCCUAGCUGCCGCUAUUCCCGACGAUGGGAGCUUACUAGGGAUCCUCACGGCCGACGACUCGUCCCCAGAGUCCUCCUACAGCGUCAACCCAACCGUCGCCGAAACCGCCGUCGGCGCGCCUGUCGGCGUCAGCGGGCCUGUCGCAACUAGCAGCUCUUCUGCUGAGGACGAGUCCUCGAGUACCAGCACGGAUUCCAGCCCUACAAGCACCACCACCAGCAGCGCUGAACCAGAGACGGCCGAGGACGCAGCAACCAGCACUACGACGUCAAUCCCUACGAACAUCCUCACGGCCAUCGACUCGGACCCCACAGGUUCCGCCGUUGGGUCACUGACCACCGUGAUUGGCACCGCUACCGCUACGGCCCAGCAGCAAUCAGGCUCGCUUGCCGCCGAGACCUCGUCUUCCGCUGCGACUGCGACUUCCUCUGGCGAAGACGAGGGUAGUGCUGCGUCCCCGACACCGACGGAUGAUGCCGCGGCUGCUGUGCUUGGGAGUCCCGCUUCGAUGCUGGGGGCUGUUCUGCUCUCGCUGGCUAUUCGUCUGUUCUAG